AUGAAGACGAGCCGCCGCGGCCGAGCGCUCCUGGCCGUGGCCUUGAACCUGCUGGCGCUGCUCUUCGCCACUACCGCCUUCCUCACCACGCACUGGUGCCAGGGCACGCAGCGGGUGCCCAAGCCGGGCUGCGGCCAGGGCGGCGGCGCCAACUGCCCCAACUCGGGUGCCAACGCCACGGUCAACAGCACGGCUGCCCCCGCCGCUGCCGCGGCUAGCCCGGCCGGCGCGCCCUACAGCUGGGAGGCGGGCGACGAGCGCUUCCAGCUGCGCCGCUUCCACACCGGCAUCUGGUACUCGUGUGAGGAGCAGCUCGGUGGCCCCGGUGAGACAUGCCGCAGCUUCAUUGACCUGGCCCCAGCCUCAGAGAAAGGGGUGCUGUGGCUGUCGGUGGUCUCCGAGGUGCUCUACAUCCUUCUGCUGGUGGUCGGCUUCAGCCUCAUGUGUCUUGAGCUCCUCCACUCCAGCAGCGUCAUAGACGGACUCAAGCUCAACGCCUUCGCUGCCGUCUUCACGGUGCUCUCAGGCCUCCUGGGAAUGGUCGCGCACAUGAUGUACACACAGGUGUUCCAGGUCACCGUGAGCCUCGGCCCUGAAGACUGGAGACCUCAUUCCUGGGACUAUGGGUGGUCUUUCUGCUUGGCCUGGGGUUCGUUUACCUGCUGCAUGGCGGCGUCUGUCACUACGCUCAACUCCUACACCAAGACAGUCAUUGAGUUCCGGCACAAGCGCAAAGUCUUUGAGCAGGGUUACCGGGAGGAGCCGACCUUCAUAGACCCCGAGGCCAUCAAGUACUUCCGGGAGAGAUACCAAGUUGAGGCACAGAGACAUUCAGUGAUUUGUCCAAGGCCAUGCCACUGGAUUGAGAAGGGGGAUGUGAGUGAAGAGGAAGACUUCCGUCUCGCCUGCCGCCAUGAGAGAUACCCCACCCGGCACCAGCCACACAUGGGAGACUCCUGGCCACGAAGCUCAGCUCAUGAGGCGGCAGAGCUAAACCGUCAGUGCUGGGUCCUGGGGCACUGGGUGUGAUGUGACCCCAGCCAGCCCCUGCCUUCCUGCCAUCACUGGCACCACCCCUCCCACAGGACAUGGAAGCCUGGUCUGUGUGCUGUGGACUCAGCUCUCCUGUCCCGGAGACACCAGGCCUAGACUGCCACUGCUGCCUGGGUCUUGGGGCCCCAGAGACGGGUCAGGCAGGCCUGAGGGACUGUCCAGGCUGCACAGAGACUUGGAGACAGCAGCCACCACCACACUUAGAGACCCACCCAGCUGGGAAGUCAGGAAGGACAUGGGCAUUGACCACUGAAUGCUGGAUACCCACAGUCAGACACAAAGCCAAGCAGAUGCCCAAAGGGGCAGGGUCCUGUGGGGACAGGGAGCAGGGAUUAUUGAAGGGGAGGCAGUAGGCUGCCUCUGUGGGGGGUCAUACAGCAGGCACACAGCAGGGGCUCAAUAAAUGCUUGUUGAACCUGUUCUCUUGCUAUGUGUGGGCUGGCUUCCCCAUCAUUAUCCUGCCCUGGAGGUGUGAGGCCUGGCCACCAAGGUCAGGGUCAACCAUCCAUCAAUGAGCUAGAGUCCAGCCUGGCCUGGGGGAGGUCAGGAUGGAGACAGGUGGGCAGAGCUGCCAGGGUCCUGAGCAUGGCAGGAGGAACAGACUAGGAGCUGGAGGAAGCACUGUGUUCAGGAACCUCAGCAAUGUGACACCACCCUGACCCUGGGGACCCUUUACCCUGUUUCUAGGGCCACUUGACAUAAAACUUCUGACUCAGCUGCCGGAGGAAAAAUAAUUUCUGUCUUGACCAUGAGAGCUUGGGGUCCAGAGAGGGAAGUUUCUUGCUUGAGAUUAGAGCUGUCAUGUGGGAGAGUGAAUGUAAACCACACCUGCUCCUGGUUAAAUCUCCCAAGAGGCCUCAUCCUGCCCUGAAGGAUUUCUAGAGAUUGGCAGAGCAAGGCAGAAUAUGGUCUUCUUCAUUCAUCCACCUGUUACCCAUCCACCUACCACCCAUCCGUUUAGCCAACAUUCACUCACCAUCAUCUACCCACCCACCCACUCAUCUAUCCACCCACUCAUCUAUCCACCCACUCAUCUACCCACCCACUCAUCUGCCCACCCACUCAUCUGUCCAUCCACUCAUCCAUACAUGAUUCUUCAGUUCAUCAUCCAGUCACCCGUCAUCCAUCUAUCAUUUACCCACCACCCAUCCAUGGAUCAUAACCCAUUUAGCCAACAUCCAUCCUAUCCACCAUAAAUUUAGGAUUCAUCCAUCUACUCAUUCAUCCAUUUAGCAGCAUGCAUCUACUCAUCACCUAUCCAACCAUCCAUCCUACUCACCCAUCCAGCAUCCAUCCAUCUGUCCAUCCAUCCACUAACCAUGAAUACAUCAUCCAUAUAUCUGUCUUCAAUUAUCCAUUCACCCAUGAUUCAACCAUCCAUUAUCCAUCAUUGCCAUUUCUCUUGUCAAUUAUCCACCAAUUCGUUGGCCAUCUUCAUCAUCUAGC